AUGUGUUGCGCUGGUGUGGAGAGACCAGAAUGAGAAGAGGUUUUGAGGAACAACAUCAAGCCGAACCACACUUUGCUGAAUUCAGCAGGACAGGAGAAGAUAAUGGGAAUCCAAAGCAUUUCUGUUGAUUACGAUGCAAUCAAUCAACGCAACACUUUCUCCAACGGCGACUACAUAAGUGGACGAGUCACCGUCGAUGUUUCAAGUCAAACAAGGAUCCAGUCACUGACUAUCAAGGCAAAGGGGAAAGCUAAGGUCCUCUGGACUGAGCACUAUCACCAGACCACCGUGGUGUAUUAUGAUAAAGAGAAAUACUACUCCCAGGAGCAGCACCUACUGAGGGAGGGGCAGAGUUCUCAUGGGGCUCUAAAUCUUGGACCUGGAAGGCAUGUUUACCCAUUUACAUUCCAGAUCCCCAACAAAGACAUGCCGCCGUCCUUCAAAGGCUGCCAUGGAAAAAUCAGAUACAGACUUUCGGCAAAGCUUAGCAGAUCUAUGGCUGUUUCAAAGAAAGCCAAGACUCUCUUCACCUUCGUCCCAAAGGCAAACACGGCCUAUCCAGAGCUCAUGUCUCCUCAGUACGGUACCAAAGACAAGGAAGUGUCAUUCUUCGCCUCUGGAAACAUUUCCAUGAACAUCUUCACUGAGAGAAUGGGCUACCACCAAGGCGAAGAAGUGCCUGUCAUCGCAGAAAUUGUCAACAGCUCAACACGUGAGGUUGUCCCCAAAUUCUACAUAUACCAGAAGCAGAGCUUUUUUGCUCGAGGGAGGAGGCGGGUUUCCACCAAAGACAUCCUGAAAGAGAAAUGGCAAUGUCCGUUAGGGUCCUCUACUAGAGAGACAGUGACACAAAAGAUGGCCGUUCCUCAAGAGGUCACCCCCUCUAUCCUCAACUGCCGUAUCCUUAAGGUGGAGUACAGGAUCAAGGCAGUCCUGAGUGUCUCAUUGACCAAAGACCCACUCAUCAAACUCCCUCUGAUCGUGCUGCCCAGUGAAGAUGACCGGUCAGAAGAGAAGCUAGCAAAACCAGGAGCAAUGCACUGGCCAGACAAAAACAGCUAUCAUCCCAGCGAUCACUGGCCAGAGAAAAGCAGCUAUCCUCCCAGCGAUCACUGGCCAGAGAAAAGCAGCUAUCAUUCCAGCCAUCACUGACAACGACUACAUUGACCAGACAAAAACAGCCAUCAUUCCAGCCAUCACUGACAACGACUACACUGACUAGACAAAAACAGCUAUCAUUCCAGCCAUCACUGACAACGACUACACUGACUAGACAAAAGCAACAACUUCUGUCUAGAGAGCACAGCAGUGACAUCUGUCUAGAGAGCAGUGACUUCUGUCUAGAGAGCAAUGCCAUUUUGUUACAGACUCAGUUUCCACUAAAAAAUACCAAUGAUGAUUAUGUUGACAUUAUUGUGUACACUAAUCCUAAUGUUAUGUUCUAAGCUGAUAUCUGUGUUGGGCUACUGCUGUGUUGUGUAGAGCUGUGAGGUGCUGUGCUGUGUGGUUCCGUGCCCUGUUCACUGGGGAUUGGGUUCUAGAGGUGUGUGCACGUGUGGUUGGUGUGGACUUUGAGCACACCUGCAGAAGUGUGCCUCUCUCAGGUAAACGCCUGUCUAGCUAUCUUUGAGUAUUAAGGUGUUUCAGGCCCAGCCCCUGUCUAGACUCCCGUGUAAGAACUGUAAGAUGUAAUGUUAAGAGUUUGCCACAUCACAAUAUUUAAUAAAUAUGUAUUUGGUAUUUUUCUUCACUUGA